AUGAUCAACAUCAACAGGACCCAGGAGGUUGGGGUGGUGCUGAGGCUGCAGGUGAGGAAGGAGGAACUGAACAGAGCCCAGGAGCCUCAGACAGACUCUUCAGACAAGGGCAAAAAGCAGGUGGGAGUGGUGAAGACGGAGGGCACAGCAGCAGGAGGGAUGUGCUGGAUGAAGGAGAGCGAAUUCUUCGUUGAGACUGUGGUUAAUUACCUCCUGGAUUCGAGAAGCCUAGAGGACCUGCAACUCCUGCUGACACAAGAGGAAACCUGGAAACUGUUUGUGGCAGGAGUUGAUUUGUCCAGGGAAGAGGAAGCUGCCUUGGGAGAAGCUCUUGCUGGGAUCUUCGCAGAUCCUGAUGGAGAAGAUGAAGAUGAGCUCCAAAAUGACCUGCAGGACAAGAACAAGAGGAAAGAGGACGAUGCCUUGAGUGAAGCCCUUGGUGAGACUCUAGCUGAUGCUGAUGCAGAAGAUGAAGAGGAGCUAGCUGAUGCUGAUGCAGAGGAUGAAGAGGAGCUAGCUGAUGCUGAUGCAGAGGAUGAAGAGGAGCUAGCUGAUGCUGAAGCAGAAGAUGAAGAGGAGCUAGCUGGUGCUGAAGCAGAAGAUGAAGAGGAGCUAGCUGAUGCUGAUGCAGAAGAUGAAGAGGAGCUAGCUGAUGCUGAUGCAGAGGAUGAAGAGGAGCUAGCUGAUGCUGAAGCAGAGGAUGAAGAGGAGAUCCAAAAUGACCUGUGGGACAACCAAAUGUUCUUAGAUGCUUAUCCUCAGGUGAAACUGGAACUCGAGGAGUGCAUCAGGAAGCUCCAUGCCCUGGCAGACAAGGUUGACAAGGUGCACAGGGACUGCACCAUCUCACAGGUGGUGGCCAGCUCCAGCAGUGCUGUGUCUGGAGUGCUGACAAUCCUUGGUCUGGCUCUGGCGCCUGUGACAGCAGGAGUCAGUCUGGCACUGUCAGCCACUGGCUUGGGGCUGGAGGCAGCCGCAGCUGUGACUAGUGUUUCCACAAGCAUUGUGGAAAAGGUAAGCAUGGUGUCUGCUGAGGCUGAAGCCAGAAAGCUGGUGCCAACCAAUAAAGACACAAAGAAGGGCAUGAAAGAUGUUUUGGAACUGAGUGGCACCAGUCUUGUUUCCUUAUCCGUGAAUUUCUUCAAGAACCUGGAAAACAUCAAGAAAAACAUUCAUGCCAUCAAACUGACCAAAGCAAACCCUCGCCUAGCAAAUAAUGCCAAGCGUCUCAUGGCAACAGAGACAGUAUCUGUCCGAAAGACUAAAGAGGUGCAGAAAGCCUUUGGAGGUACAGCUCUGGCCAUGACCAAAGGAGCCCGGAUCCUGGGUGCAGCCACCGCAGGCUUCUCCCUCCUACUGGAUGUGGUCAGCCUUGUGCAAGACUCGAAGCAUUUGCAUGAUGGAGCAAAGACUGAGUUUGCUGAAGAGAUGCGGCAGCAAGCUCGGGACCUGGAGCGGAAGUUGCAGGAGCUCAUCCGGGUUCAGGACAACAUGAUGCAGUGACCUCUUCCUCUCACUUCUGCACAGAGGACUUGGGAGAGAG